GCUUCUACAGACGCGCGCUGCGAAAUACGACGACGGUCAAGUAACAUCGAGGAUUUACUUAUAGAAUGGUGUGACAUAAUUAUAUCGUAUAGUAUAAAUCAGCAUGUACAAAGGCCAGUUUCUUUAUAGUUUGUAGAACCAUGAAAUAACAGAUUUCUGCCAGACACUUCCAUAGCUUACGUAUUUUAACAACUUUUUUGGAGAUCAUUCUUCUCAAAGGCUGAAUAGAUACAUGCAAUGGAGCGAGACCAAAGUUAGUAAGUUGUUUCGGGUAAAAUAUAUUGUUAUUGCGUGGUUUUCAAACUAUUAGAAAUCUCAUUGAGUCAGGGCAUUGGGACGUCGGCAUUCAGUUCUCUGGAGUCAUCCACGAGGAAAAGCUGGACAUAAAACUCCGGCAGAAUGAGCACAGAUAAAAACAACAGGGUAGAGGAUGAGGCGGUGCUGGACAGGGGGGCACGCUUCGUCAAGCAUGUCUGUGAUGAUGAAGAGGUGGAAGGUCACCGCACCGUGUACAUCGGCGUGCACGUGCCCAAGAGCUACCAGCGCCGGCGGCGCCACCGACGCAAGUCCAACCACAAGGAGAAGAAGGAGAGGCCAGCGGAGAGUGCGGGGGGCGAGAAAUCGGACGGGGAGAACGCCGACGAGGCGGCGCCCAACAUCUUCAAACCCCUCAUCUCCCCGGCAGCUGAGAGGAUCCGGUUUAUCCUGGGUGAGGACGACGAUGGCCCCCCACCUCCUCAGCUCUUCACAGAGCUGGACGAGCUGCUUGCCGUCGAUGGUCAGGAAAUGGAGUGGAAGGAGACGGCUAGGUGGAUAAAGUUUGAAGAGAAGGUGGAGAAAGGUGGAGAGCGAUGGAGUAAGCCCCACGUGGCCACCCUGUCUCUUCACAGUCUGUUUGAGCUGAAGACCUGCAUUGAGAAGGGCACCAUCCUUCUGGACCUGGAGGCCUCCACUCUUCCGCAGGUGGUCGAGCUGAUCACUGACAGCCAGAUUGAGAACGGUCAGCUAAAGCCUGAGCUGAAGGAUCAGGUCAUGUACACGUUGCUACGGAAACAUCGUCACCAGACCAAGAAGUCCAACCUACGCUCCCUUGCAGACAUCGGCAAGACUGUGUCCAGUGCCAGUAGGCUGUUUUCCAACCAAGAUCAGAACGCACGCAGUCCCCAUGAUCAAUCCCAGCUCUUUCCCCACUCACACCCACAAUCCCAACCCUUGUCCCAACCUCAGCCUGUGCCUUAUGCAUCCACACUUGGCCCUGAGGAACCCAUAGAGGAGAUCAAAAGGAGCUCCAGCAUGCAGUACCUCAGUAGCCCAACCACGGCCCAUCGGAACCUGACCUCGAACAGCCUCAGCGACUUCUCCGACCAACCAGAUAGAGACCAGCUGAAGAAUAAGUUUAUGAAGAAACUCCCCCGUGAUGCCGAAGCAUCGAAUGUUCUGGUCGGAGAGGUGGACUUCUUGGACUCUGCUUUUGUGGCAUUUGUCCGUCUACAGCAGGCUGUCAUGUUGGGGGCCCUGACGGAGGUCCCUGUCCCUACCAGGUUCCUGUUUGUACUACUCGGACCCAAAGGCAAAGCCAAGUCCUACCACGAGAUUGGACGAGCCAUCGCAACCCUCAUGUCUGAUGAGGUGUUCCACGACAUCGCCUACAAGGCCAAGGACAGACAGGACCUGCUGGCAGGCAUUGAGGAGUUCCUGGAUGAGGUCAUCGUCCUGCCCCCUGGGGAGUGGGACCCUGACAUCAGGAUAGAACCUCCCAAGUCCUUGCCCUCCUCCGACAAGAGGAAGAACCAGUACAAUACGGGUGGAGGGGAUGGGCUCCAGAUGAAUGGGGAUACCCCAGGGCAUGACGGGGGUCAGGGAGGAGGAGGAGGAGGCGGUGGUGGACAUGGACAUGUUGGACAAGAACUCAUGCACACUGGAAAGUUUUGCGGUGGGCUCAUCCUCGACGUCAAGCGGAAACUGCCCUUCUUUGCCAGCGACUUCUAUGAUGCCAUUAACAUUCAGUCACUGUCCGCCAUCUUGUUCAUUUACCUCGGCACCGUGACCAAUGCCAUCACCUUUGGAGGUUUGCUAGGAGACGCUACGGACAACAUGCAGGGUGUGUUGGAGAGUUUUCUGGGCACGGCAUUGACAGGGGCCAUAUUCUGUUUGCUGGCUGGCCAGCCUCUCACCAUCCUCAGCAGUACAGGUCCGGUACUGGUUUUUGAAAGGCUCCUUUUCAACUUCAGCAAGGACCAUGACUUUGACUACCUGGAGUUCCGGCUGUGGAUCGGCCUGUGGUCAGCCUUCUUCUGCUUAGUGCUGGUUGCCACGGACGCCAGCUUCCUGGUUCAGUACUUCACGCGUUUCACAGAGGAGGGCUUCUCUGCCCUCAUCUCCUUCAUCUUCAUCUAUGACGCCUUCAAGAAGAUGCUGAAGCUGGCCCAUUACAACCCCAUCAACUCCGAUUAUGACCCCAACUACAUCACCACCUACGACUGCCGCUGCCUCCCCCCUCCGGACGACGGCAAUAUGACGAGUCACUAUAGCGAUGCUUCUUCCUGGAUGAACGAUACUGAUCUGCCGGUAAAUGCCACAUGGGCUUCUCUCACUAAGACGCAGUGUCUUGAGUACGGGGGCAAACUGUCGGGUCCAUCCUGCGACUUCGUCCCUGACAUCACGCUGAUAUCCUUCAUCCUUUUCCUGGGGACCUACACAUGCUCCAUGUCUCUCAAGAAGUUCAAGUUCAGCCGCUUCUUCCCCACCACUGUGAGGAAACUGAUCAGUGACUUCGCCAUCAUCCUGGCUAUUUUGAUCUUCUGUGGUGUGGACGCCCUGGUCGGAGUGGACACACCCAAGCUCAUUGUGCCAACCGAAUUCAAGCCCACCAGCCCCCACCGUGGCUGGUUUGUGCCCCCAUUCGGAGGGAACCCUUGGUGGGUGUACCUGGUCUCAGCCCUCCCAGCUCUCCUGGUCACCAUCCUGGUGUUCAUGGAUCAGCAGAUCACUGCCGUCAUCGUCAACAGGAAGGAACACAAACUGAAGAAAGGGGCAGGCUACCACCUAGACCUGUUCUGGGUGGCAGUACUGCUGAUCGUAUGUUCCUUCAUGGGCCUGCCCUGGUACGUGGCUGCCACGGUCAUCUCCAUCGCCCACAUCGACUCUCUGAAGAUGGAGACCCAGUGCUCAGCACCUGGGGAGCAGCCUAAGUUCCUCGGUGUCAGGGAACAGAGAGUGACUGGUAUCAUGGUCUUCAUACUGACUGGCCUGUCUGUCUUCAUGGCUCCCAUGCUCAAGUUCAUUCCCAUGCCUGUUCUCUAUGGUGUGUUCCUCUACAUGGGCGUGGCGUCGCUCAACGGUGUCCAGUUCAUGGACCGGCUCCAGCUGCUCCUGAUGCCGGCCAAGCACCAGCCCGACCUGAUCUACCUGCGCCACGUCCCCCAGCGCCGCAUCCACCUGUUCACCUUCAUACAGGUCCUCUGCCUGGCCCUUCUCUGGGUCCUGAAGUCCACCGUCGCUGCCAUCAUCUUCCCCGUCAUGAUCUUGGCCCUGGUGGCAGUCCGAAAGGGCAUGGACUACAUCUUCUCCCAGCACGACCUCAGUUACCUGGAUGACGUUAUCCCAGAGAAAGACAAGAAGAAGAAGGAGGAUGAGAAGAGGAAGAAGAAACAGAAGAAAGGAAGUAUUGACAGUGAAAUCGAUUUUGAGCCCCGUCGUCCUUCCUGGAGCCGCACUCACGAUGCUGAGGACUACUUGGCACAUGCAACGCUAGCAAGUCUGAAUCCGUUUAGAAAAUCUGUGCCUCAGAUAAGGAUAGACAUGCAGCCAGAGGACAAGGGCUUCUUCUGGAAAAAACAGGCUCCAGGCUCUGAAACAUCCCUCUAGUCUAACCUUGUUCACACAACCCAACAGAACCAAAGCAUUACUCAACCCAAAACAGAGAUGUUUGAUGUUGCACCUUAUUCCCUUGUGUGCUGUUUUGGUCAAACAUAAGGCACUAUGUAGGGAAUAACUUUCAGAUGUAACCAAAGACUACUACUGUAGCCUCUUUCAUUCAGUAUAACUGUUUUUUUAGUUAUUUAAAAUAUCCUGCUGAAGUACACAUUUUAAAUGUAAGUUAACAUUAUUCUUCUCUCUGAGAAGUAUCUGGGGUACCCUUGGGAAAGGUUAAUAUGUGUCGGGGGUUCUUUAGACAGUUCUUCAUUUGCUGUAGAGUUCAUGCUCUGUACCAAGUACAACUUUGUGAAGUUCUUCGUGAGCCAGUUAUUGCUUAUUUGUGGUUGUGGUAUGAAUGAUUUACUAAGUCACAAACUAAUGCAGUGCUUUAUGUGUUCAUAAUACAUGGCUGUUAGGUCAUUAAGUCAAACACACUUUAUUAUGCAAAUCUUAUGGAGCUGUGAAAUUACAGACUUUACAGAAUUAUAGACUUCAUUCGGUUCUAUGCCAGCUGGAACAAACUUUAAAAUACUAUGAUGUUUUAAUGUCCUGCUCCCCACCAUAGGCCCAUACUGUUCUGAUUCUUGUACAUUAUGUUCUUCCGUCCUUUAAUUUACCCCUUCACACUGGUAUGGUAUUGCCAUAUUUAUUAAAUCUCGAUCUAUGCACAAUUAUGUAUGCUCUUAAACCAAAAUGUUGGUUUUGCUUGUUUUGUUCUCAGUCAAAAACUGAGCAGCUUUUCUUAUUAAAUUGUAAUCAGUAAUGUAUGCUGCCAGGAUAGGGUCAAUUUCAAUCAUUUAUUUUAAAUUCCAGUUAAAUUCUUGAAAUUGCUUGUGAAAUUGUGAGGGAAAAUUUUUUUAAUCAGAUUUCCAACAAUCGUCAGGUUAAGGUUUUAAAAUUGAACUGUUUAGACAAUUCAACAGUAUUUACAGCAGGAGGGAGUUGACGUGGAAUUACAUUUGUGCAAUUAACCCCAAUCCUGAUCUGUUGUUCCUAUUAGCUUUAAAAUGAGACAGAAGGACUCCAACUGCAAUUAUCUGUAGUAUGGAUUGAAAUAUAUGAAUAUACUUGUAUUUGUAGCUCUACCUCUCUGACUUAAUUUAGGUGCAGACAUUUUAACUACAGUAUGAUGAAUUUAUUAUUAUUAUGCAAUGAUCUGUCAUUUGUAAUAGUGAAUUAUUUAAUGUUAAGUAGUGCCCAGCAUAGGCUCUCUUCACUUUCAGAGUUCCUUUUGCUCUGACUAGUUCUUUAAAUUGUAUUUUGUAUAUUGAAAGGAAAAUGCAAUGACAGUGACGUAUAUUAUAUCACUGUGAGAUUUUAAUUGCGGUAAUAAUGAAUUACUUAUCAAUCGUUAAUGGUGACAUUGUUUUUACAUUUGUCAGUGGGGCAACAUUUGUAUUACCUUUUUUAAUUAAUGGAUAUUUAGUAAGUUUUGUUUUUGUAAUUACGAAAUGAUAUUAAACUGAUUAUGAUCUGAUAAAAUAAUGAAAAAUAAGUAAUAAUUAGUCAAUGCAGUGAUGAAAUGUCUUGCAUUUCUGCAAAACAAAUGCUGUGUAAUGACUUUUCACUAAGUUCCAUACUGACUGCAGGUAGUUCCACAACCAUUCAACAAUACAUGUCGUCCAUCAGCUAGCUCUCUAUUCAACAUUUGUCUCAUUAUGUACAGUUUACAAAUUGAGGCUUAAAUUAUUUACUUAUUUAAAAUAAAUCCUGUACUGGAAUUCAUCUACAUGCUGUAACGUGGUGAAGAUUUGGGUUAAACUGUCUUAUUGAUCACUGGGUUUGUAAAUUAUAAAAAUCAAACCUAUUUAAACAUUAAUCUCAGCUAGCUUUAUUGCAUGUUUCCCUUUGAUAUCUUAUGCUGUUAUCUACUUGCAACCUUCCAGGUGUGUUUCAAAGCUAAUAAAAUAGUCCAGUGAUAAUACUCAAAGAUUAUAUUUGUUUUCAUCUUGAGUGGUAUGAAGAUAAACCCAAGAUUGUAUUGUAGGUUUAUCUAAACGAUGAGAGGACUGAGGUGGAUGUGGAAAUGAUGGUACACUUUUAAUCCGGGCCAUUACUGAUGUCAUGUUUUCUAACCCAAAUACGCACCAUCCCAUUUUGAUCAGUCUUGGGACAAAUGGUAAUCAUGUGUAUAUCCUGAUUACAUUUUUUGUAUUUUAGAUUAGGCUUAGUCCAUAUGU